AUGAGCGCGAGCCAAUCGGACGCUGCCACGACAGCAGGUUCCCAGGCUAGCGAUACUCCUGCUUCUGCAUUUAUCGGGUUGCACCAUGUGGGGAUAUUGUGCGCGGAUCUGGACAAGGCACUUGACUUUUACUGCGGCGUGCUGGGCCUGGAGGUGAAUGAUUCUCGGCCCAAUCAGAAGCUUCCAUAUGGCGGCAAAUGGUUGUGGAUUGGUCAAGGGGAGGGCAGCAGGGGCGGCAUGAUCCACCUUAUGGUGCUGCCGAAUCCUGAUCCGACAUUUGGCAGACCGGAGCACGGCGGUCGGGACCGACACACGUGCAUUGAGGUUGCUGAUGUGGCACCACUACAGGCCGCCCUGGAUAGAGCAGGAAUUCCUUACACUAUGAGCCAGUCAGGUCGGCCAGCUGUUUUCUGCCGUGAUCCAGAUGGGAAUGCUUUGGAGUUUGCACAAUUUUAG